AUGCCCAGCGGCAUAUGUGACAGCUUUCAACAAAUCACCGACUCCUUCCUCCGUGCGGGAGCGAAACGCGCGCGCGUCAGUAUACCCACACUCCAACAAUCCGUUGCCAAUGGCGGAAUUAACUUCCUCAACAUCCGCCUCCGAAACAUGGCCAUCGCAGCCAUGACCCUCAAAUCCCACCUCCUCCCAGCUCCCCUGCGCCCAGUCUGGAGCUUCGUCCUCGACACGAUCCUUCCCCUCCACGCCAGCAGCGCCGACAGCUCAGUGGCUAAGAAAGCCCGCACCCACCUCUUCCUUCAAACCUGGUCUGUCCCGACGGCUCGCAGCUCCCUCCCAAGAGACAUCGCUGACAUGCUAAAAGUCGCCCGUAACUGGGACGUCCAUAUCCAAGCCCUCCUCCCUCAGAGCGAACUCAGGUUGGCCAUGCCGGCCUGGUACCACCUCGGAGCCGCGAAGCCGCGACGCGCCCGCUACACCAGCGAUGAAGCGAAGUGCCUGCGCAAACGGCACCGCGUUCGAACCAUCCAAGACCUCCUUGCUGUCACCGAGCGCCUACACGCCAACAUGCCGAACAGACCCCGAGGCCACGCCAACAACAGAAGAUGCCGCUGCCCCUUCUGCGACCGCGACCGUGCCGCUCCGACCAACUGCGAGAACCCGAACGCAUGCACUAAAGCGGCGCUCAUUGUCCUGCGCGAACUCACGACCACCAAAUGGAACCCAGCCCCCGCGAGAAAACCGGACGAUACGGAAUACGCGCCCCUGCCUGUAGUCAUACCCGACACGGCCCCACAGCGCUUCUACUUCAACCCCUCAGUGCUGUCUCCACCCGAUCCAGGACAGAACUUCCGCAUCUUCUCCUCCCAGGAUACUCCCCUUCCUAUCGCGUCCGCGCGACCCCGCGUGCCCCUACCCCCGACCUUCAACAACGUACACAUAAUACUCUCAAGCUCUCACAACGCCCUAGACGUCCGCGAAGUACGAUGUGCUAUACGAUACCCACAGAAUCCCCCCCUCCUCCCUCCAGCUACAAACCCCACCCGCCUCGCUUUUCUCGACCACCCAGUCGUGCGGUCCGAAGCUGAAGGUAUUCUCUACUGCAUUCUGUUCGCACUCCAGUCCCUCCCAGCCGACGCAGACAUCACGUUCCAUAUCCCUCACAUAAACAUCAUAUCUAUCCUCUCGUCCAAAAUAAGCUAUUAUGAGGACCGUGAUUGGUCUAUCCCCUCUAUGUCCCGCGACCUGUGGAUAACCGUUGUCUCACACCUACGCUCCCGCCCCUCGACCAUCGCCUUCGCCCCAUCCACGCCGAUGCCCCUCUUCGUUAAGAACCUACCCAUCACAUCCUUCGACGCUGUCCUCCGACGCAAUGACCCGCUACCUUUUGCCCCCAUCCCUGGGUUCGUCCUCACAGGCAGACCCCUCCACCUCGCGACGCAGUCCUCCCUCUACCGCGUGAUGCGCGACUCUCUCUCGACCCGAGCUAGACGCGCGACAGACAUUCACACCGCCAUUACUCGCCACGCGGUCUUUGCACACAAUGGCUCUUUCCCCGAACCACGUCAGGUUUGGAAAUCGCUACGACACAAAGAUAGUUCCCGUAAAAUCCACGAUUUUCUCUUUCACUGCAUGCAUAACGCCUACUAUGUUGGCGCCUACUGGGACAACAUCCCUAACUAUACACACCUCGGGAUAUGCACGAAGUGCGGCGUCACGGAUUCGCUAGAACACAUCCUAUGCGAAUGUGACUCGCCCGGCCAGAAACUGAUCUGGCGUCUUGCGAAGGACCUUCUCGCUCGCAAGAUCUCCAACACCCCUGAUCCGUCCCUCGGCACCCUCCUCGGCCUCCACCUCCUCAUCAUCAAAGCGAAAACCAACUUCAGCGACGAUGGCGCCAAACGCCUCUUCCACAUUGUCUACGGCGAAUCAGCACAGCUCAUCUGGGCCAUACGCUGCCGUAGGGUGAUUGAUGAACUCCCCGACUACUCCGACAACGAGAUAUACUCUACGUGGUGCCGCCGUAUCUCUCGCCGUUUGCACCUAGACCAAGCCAUGACCCACCCCAAAUAUGGCCGGGCUGCCCUACCCCGUAAAGUCGUCCUAGCGACCUGGAGCUCUACCUUAACCGACGAACGGCUCCUACCUGAUGAUUGGAUCAGAUACAAAGGGUCUUUAGUGAGUAUACGGUUCCCUCAGCUUCGCCAGCCGCGAAGGCGACCGGAGCGCUAA